AUGGAUCAAUCAUAUCCUUUAAUUAAACCAAAUCAAGAAAUUCUUAAUUAUGAACCAACUGCUGAUGAGAAAAAGACCAAAAUUGGAAAACAUACCAUUAGAAGAUUAUUUGAAGGAGAACUAGAUGAGCAAGAUAAUGCUGCCAUUAAUAAAUUUCUUGAAGAAGCAGGCCCUUUCUAAAAUCCCAUUUGGACAAGGCCAUAAAUUUUGAGAUUCUUAUAAGCCAACAAUUUCAAAAAAGAUUAGACUGUUUCAACCAUGUAACAAUAUGAAGAAUGGGUAAAAACCUUACCCAUCAACUACGAUGAACAGGUUGAAUAAUUUCUAAAAGCUGGAAUUAUUUACAUCUAAGGAAGAGAUCAUUCUUACAGACCCAUAAUUGUCUUGAAUGCAUAUAAGGUUAAUUUUAAUUCAAUGAGUCUUGAAUAAUAUCUGAGAGGAUUGACCUACUUCUUAUAAGUUGUUGUUAAUGAUAUGAUGGUACCAGGCAAAGUUGAAAAUUGGGUCAUUUUAAUUGAUCUUGAUUAUAAAGGAAUGAUUGGACUUUAGAUUAAUGCUUUAAAGUAAGUGAUGUCCUAUUUAUAAAAUAACUACAGAUCCAGAUUGUAUAGAAUGUUCAUUUUUAAUACAACUAUGAUGUUAAAUGUGACUUGGAAUAUGGCAAAAUUAUUUUUGGAGGAGAUUACUUAAUAAAAAAUAAUAUUUGUCAAAGGAGAUGUGAAAUAAUUGUUUUAAUCUGUGAACAAAGAGUAAAUUGAGGAGAAGUUUGGAGGAACUUAAACAAAUAGAGUUGAAUUCUGGCCUCCAUCAAUUGUUAGUGCAAACUUCAGAAAGAAUGCUUGAUUCUUGUGUUUUAUAUUGAGAUUUAAUGAAGAAUUAAAAAAAUUUAAAUCUU